GGCUGAGUGUCAGAGAAACCCGCUGCUAAAAGCACACCAGGCCUUCCGGCCCAGGUUGCUACCCAGCUGGGGCCUUCGUGCUGUUGCUGCUGCGUCCAGGCGAGUGACCAUCCUUUGGCUUUUGCUUCCGUCCUGCCAGCACGGCCACGCCAGGAGACUCUGGGGCAGCUGGCAGAGAGUGAAUAAUACUCUCCCCAGUGAGAAACCCUGAGCCAGCUGGGUAUCUGCGUUGGGGACCAGAGACCUUGCAGUGGCCCGUUUGACUGGACAUCCAUCUACACAUCCCCAGGGGUGUGCAACCUGUGAGGAGCAGCGGCGGCGAUGCCAGACCCCGCGGCGCACCUGCCCUUUUUCUACGGUAGCAUCUCGCGCGCCGAGGCCGAGGAGCACCUAAAAUUGGCGGGCAUGGCCGACGGCCUGUUCCUGCUGCGCCAGUGCCUGCGUUCGCUGGGCGGCUACGUGCUCUCGCUCGUGCACGACGUGCGCUUCCACCACUUCCCCAUUGAGCGCCAGCUCAACGGCACCUACGCCAUCGCCGGCGGGAAGGCGCACUGUGGCCCAGCCGAGCUCUGCGAGUUCUACUCGCGCGACCCCGACGGGCUGCCCUGCAACCUGCGCAAGGCGUGCAACCGGCCGUCGGGGCUUGAGCCUCAGCCCGGCGUCUUCGACUGCCUGCGAGACGCCAUGGUGCGCGACUACGUGCGCCAGACCUGGAAGCUGGAGGGAGAGGCCCUGGAGCAGGCCAUCAUCAGUCAGGCCCCCCAGGUGGAAAAGCUCAUCGCCACCACAGCUCACGAGCGGAUGCCCUGGUACCACAGCAACCUGACACGUGAGGAGGCCGAGCGCAAACUGUAUUCAGGCUCGCAGACCGACGGCAAGUUCCUGCUGAGGCCCCGGAAGGAGCAGGGCACGUACGCGCUGUCCCUGAUCUACGGAAAAACUGUGUACCACUACCUCAUCAGCCAGGACAAGGCAGGCAAAUACUGCAUACCUGAGGGGACCAAGUUUGACACCCUGUGGCAGCUGGUGGAGUACCUGAAGCUUAAGGCCGAUGGGCUCAUCUACUGUCUGAAGGAGGCCUGCCCCAACACCAGCGCCAGUGCAGGGGUCGCCGCUCCCACACUCCCAGCCCACCCAUCCACGUUCACCCACCCUCAGAGACGGAUCGACACCCUCAACUCAGAUGGAUACACCCCUGAACCAGAGAAAGCGCGGCCAAUGCCCAUGGACACAAGUGUGUAUGAGAGUCCCUAUAGUGACCCUGAGGAGCUCAAGGAUAAGAAGCUCUUCCUGAAGCGUGAGAACCUCCUCAUGGCUGACAUUGAACUUGGCUGCGGCAACUUUGGCUCAGUGCGCCAGGGUGUCUACCGUAUGCGCAAGAAGCAGAUUGACGUAGCCAUCAAGGUGCUGAAACAUGGCACGGAGAAGGCAGAUAAGGACGAGAUGAUGCGCGAGGCGCAGAUCAUGCACCAGCUGGACAACCCCUACAUCGUGCGGCUCAUCGGUGUGUGCAAGGCCGAGGCCCUCAUGCUCGUCAUGGAGAUGGCGGGCGGUGGGCCCCUGCACAAGUUCCUCCUUGGGAAGAGGGAGGAGAUCCCCGUAAGUAAUGUGGCAGAGCUGCUGCACCAGGUGUCCAUGGGGAUGAAGUACCUGGAGGAGAAGAACUUUGUGCACCGAGACCUGGCAGCCCGCAACGUCCUAUUGGUCAACCGGCAUUACGCCAAAAUCAGUGACUUUGGCCUCUCCAAGGCCCUGGGCGCCGACGACAGCUACUACACCGCCCGCUCGGCAGGGAAGUGGCCACUCAAGUGGUACGCACCCGAGUGCAUCAACUUCCGCAAGUUCUCCAGCCGCAGCGACGUCUGGAGCUUCGGGGUCACCAUGUGGGAGGCCUUCUCCUAUGGCCAGAAGCCCUACAAGAAGAUGAAGGGCCCCGAGGUCAUGGCCUUCCUCGAGCAGGGCAAGCGGAUGGAGUGCCCACCCGAGUGUCCGUCUGAAAUGUAUGCACUCAUGAGCGACUGCUGGAUCUACAAGUGGGAGGAUCGUCCUGACUUCCUGACGGUGGAGCAGCGCAUGCGGACCUACUACUACAGUUUGGCCAGCAAGGCUGAGGGCCCCCCAGAGUGUGGACAGGGGCCCGAGGCUGCCUGUGCCUGAGUGCCCACCUCACCCAGGGCCUGAAGGCCUCUGUCCUCAGCCCCAUUCCAGGACCUCCAGUCUGGCUGGGCCAGCUCACUUCCUCUCCCCACCAGCUGGGCUGUGGAAGGGGACAACUGAGGCCUGAGGCCCACACUGGUCUAGCAUUGCCUACCCGGUCACCUGUCCUCUCUGGUGGGGGAGGAGGGAAGCCCUGUGGAGGGAGGUGGGCGGUAUUGUGUAGCCUGGUCCUGGGCUCUGAGGGGUGUUGCUUACAACAAGGACCCUCCUUUGUCUGGGCCCUGAAGGGGAAGACUUGGGGGGGGGGCGGUCUUCAGGUGGCAAGACUGC